AUGGGAACUGGUCAAAGGGUGAUACUAGAAAAGGAAGGCACGUUCAAGUGGCCACUGGAUGGCUUCUCCAACUCUGACUUUGAGCUUAGCUUUGAUUCUGAGCCUACCCCUGAGGAUGGAACCACUCUCGCACGUUACAAUCCAGAGCCUGCACCUGCCGAAAUUCUUUAUGUCCUAGAUUAUGACUCAGACAUGGAUAUGACAAUAGAGGAUGAAUCCCUUCUGGCUGGCUUCACAAAGGAAAUUGAAAUCUCACAGCUUGAAAAGGAACGCCUCGGGAUACCACUGGAUUUGAUUGACAACAGUGUUCAGGAUGACUCAAAUGCAACUGCUGUGGCUAGUACUAGUCAAAACUCGUUAAUGAAGCGCAGGCGUCAAACACUUCAAGGCACCACCGGUUCCAAGCACUCAAAGAAGGUUUAA